GAGCAAAUAGUUUUUCACUUUUUCUGCUCUUUUUUCUUUUUUUUUUUCGUGUUUUUUUUCUUUUAAAUUUUCACUUUCUGGGUUGAGUGAGCUAGUUAGGUUUUGGAGGGAGCUGAAAAGAAAUUUUAAAACAGUGUUACAGCUUUAGAAGAGUCUUGCUGAAGUGUGUGGAAUCUGUGACAGGUCAUGAUCUUUGCAGUCUGAAGAGUAUUAAGAGUUUGAUGUUGGUAUGUAAAAUAAAAAAAUAUAUAGGAGCUUUGUUUUAUUUUUAUUUUAUUUAUCUCACUUUUUUGUACAAAAUUCUUCCUUGAGUUUCAGCUUUCUGUCUUUUAAAAGUUCAGGUAAAUGCUGGGUAUGAAGCAGAUUUACGCAAAAGGGUGUAAUUUAUUUUAUUUUCUGUUUUGGAAAGGCCUUUGAUAUUUUUGGAUGGCUUUUACUUUGUUUUGAGCUCAGGGCUAUGAAAUAUUUGGAGUAAAUGAACCAAAAUUUUUAUGAUGCUUAGUUUAAAUUUGUUAUCUUGAAACAUGUUUUCAAAAUUUUUUAAGCCAAGUUUAUUUUAAUAAUAUAGCAAAUUUUUACUAAUUUUUAUUAUUUUUCUUUUAAUGGCUAAUAUUUUUUUCCCUCGUCCUUUCUGUUAGGAAUCGAAUUUCUGGUUUCAGUACUUGAAAGUUGAAACAAGUACCCAUUUUUUAGAUAUGGAAACAGAGGAUAAAAACUUUGUUAAGAAAACAACUGCAUUUUCUUUCUUAUGGUUUUCUACUGUGAUGCUAAAGUGUUAUGAUUUUUGCAAUUUAAUGCAAAGUUAAAGUUUGAAAUGGAUCUGCUAAUUCAUCUCAACAACUUCUUGUAAAUCCAAAGUUUGUGUCUUUAUUUUAUUUUUUUCCUAAUUUGUGGGAAUUCCUUGAUGGGUUUUAACUUUGGCUUUCCACUUCUAGCAUGCUUAAGAAGGUUCGAAUUUUUGGUUUUGCUUAAAUGCUCAAUGUUUUUUUUUUUUUUUUAUAGUGACACUUGUUUUAAUGACCCAUUUGCUUUCUAAGUACAUUCUCUAUUGAUCUGCGGCAUGCAGAUGUUGGUUUGAUUGUGUAGACUUAGGAGGGGAUAGUUUAGUAUAUGCAUGGAAGCAAGAGAAGGUAUUAGUUCUGGGGUUACAGUGAUAGGGGCAGAAGCUCCUUCAGCUUAUCAUAUGGCACCAAGGAGUGAAGCUCCAAACCAGGGUCCUAUUCCUGAAGCAGCUGCUCCCGCUAUUGGUGUGUCGCCGGUGAGUGUGGGAUUGGAUGGAACAUCAGUUAAGAAGAAAAGGGGUAGACCAAGGAAAUAUGGACCAGAUGGGUCUGUUACUAUGGCAUUGUCACCUAUGCCAAUCUCAUCUUCAGCUCCAUUUGGUAAUGACUUUUCAAUUUCAUCCGGCAAGCGGGGAAAACCGCGAGGGAUGGAGUACAAGAUGCCAAAGAAAGUUGGAGUUGAUCAUCUGGGUGACUCUGUUGGUACAAAUUUUAUGCCCCAUAUCAUUACUGUCAAUACUGGUGAGGACAUUACAAUGAAGGUUAUAUCUUUUUCACAACAAGGGCCCCGAGCUAUAUGCAUCCUAUCUGCUAACGGUGUAAUUUCAAAUGUUACACUUCGUCAACCUGAUUCUUCUGGGGGAACUUUGACCUAUGAGGGCCGUUUUGAGAUACUUUCAUUGUCUGGAUCAUUCAUGCCUACUGACAAUCAAGGAACAAGAAGCAGGUCCGGUGGGAUGAGCGUUUCUUUGUCAAGUCCUGAUGGUCGUGUGGUAGGUGGUGGAGUCGCCGGUCUUCUUGUAGCUGCCAGUCCUGUGCAGGUGGUGGUAGGAAGUUUUUUACCAAGCAACCAGCAAGAUCAAAAACCGAAAAAGCCCAAGUCUGAUUAUGCACCACCGGCUACUGUUACCCCCGCUGUUGCAGUGUCUUCUGUUCCACCCCCUACUACUAAUGGCGAAAAGGAGGAUAUCAUGGGUGGACAUCUGCUGCAAAAUUCAACAACCCUUAACUCAAACCUUACUCCUCCCUCGGCCUUUCGCAGAGAUAACUGGGUUAACAUGCACUCUAUGCCAGAUGCAAUGAAGUCUGCUACUGAUAUUAACAUAUCUUUGCCUGAUAGUUAAGUUGAUCAACGUGGAAUCGCGUAUCCUCUAGUCUUGCUGACAACAUUCAUGACUGAGCUAUUUAUUUGAUGUUUCUAGUGUUUGUUCUCUAUCAUGAUGUAGAUUAUUUCAAACCUAUUGUCUAUUGUCUAUGACCACAGGAUGAAGUAGUUGAUUAGUGUUUUAAGUUGCAGCUAGGUUUCUACAUUUUUCUUUGCCUACUAGAUCAUCUGAUUCCUGGCUGAUUUGGUAGAUGCUGCAAUAUGCUGUAUUAUGAGUAGGCUAAUUCGGAUGUAAUGAAAAAUUGUUGAAGCUUUUAUGUCUAAAUCUAGCCAUUUGCGUUUG